AUGAAUAACUACUCUAGUGAACCAGAAAUAGAUCCAAGAGAUGAAAUAAUUGAGCAGCAGAGGGAAGAGAUGCAAUAUCUAAUUGAUACAUUUAACAGAGUUUCACAACAACUUCGAGAUGAAUUAUCACUUUAUGCACAAAGAAGCGCAAAAUUGCAAAAUGAAAUGAUGUAUCAUAUUAGCGUUCUUAAAGAACAAAUUUCAAGAAAACAAGCUACAAUUCAAGCAGCAACGACACCAUAUCCAAUGUAUGACGAUUGUAAGCCCAAACUAAACGAGAGAACAUCUUCGAAAUCUAAUAAGGCAAAGCCAGAGCGUAAAACUUCUCAUAUGCAAGCAAAUAGAAUGCAAUCUACAAGCACUCAGCAAAGUUCAUCGGGGAACUGA